CCCUCUCUCUUCCCCCCCCCCGUUCGCUUCUGUCGCUUCUCGUAGCUGACCUGUCCAGCUGCGCCGCGGGGGCCGGAGGGGCAAGCAGCUGCAGCCGCCAUGAAGAUCGUACUGAAAACGCUGCAGCAGCAGACCUUCCGAAUCGACAUCGACGUCGAGGAGACGGUGAAGGCACUGAAAGAGAAGAUUGAAUUAGAAAAGGGGAAAGAUGCUUUUCCAGUGGCUGGCCAAAAACUAAUUUAUGGAGGUAAAAUUCUUGAUGAUGACACUGCUCUUAAAGAAUACAAAAUAGAUGAGAAGAGCUUUGUGGUGGUUAUGGUGACAAAACCCAAAGCAGCAACUGGGGUGACUGGGCAGUUGAGUGCUACGGCUGAUGCUUGUGUGGCAACCGAAAUGCCCAUACCAGUCACUGCACUGAUACCUGCUGCUGCCUCCGUACUGGCUCCUGUCUCUCCUCCACUACCAUAUACAGUUGCUUCUGAAUCUGCACUUGUGAGUGCUCCUGAAGAAGAGCAGCCAGAAGGAAAACCACCUGAGGUGCCAGCUGCUGCCAACCCACUGCUAACUGAAAGUACAACAGGUGAUACAUCUCGAUCAAAUCUUUUUGAGGAUGCUAUAAGUGCACUUGUGACAGGUCAGUCCUAUGAGAAUAUGGUGACUGAGAUGAUGUUAAUGGGCUAUGAACAAGACGAAGUAAUUACGGCGCUGAGGGCCAGCUUCAACAAUCCUGACAGAGCAGUGGAAUACCUUUUAAUGGGUAUACCUGGAGAUGAUCAGGCUGUGACUGAACCCCCUCAAGCAGCAAGUUUUGGUGCCUCUGAGAGUUCAGUGGAAGUACCAGUAGAAACUACACUUACAGCUAGUUCAUUAAGAGGACAUCCACUUGAGUUUUUACGAAAUCAGCCUCAGUUCCAGCAGAUGAGACAAAUUAUUCAGCAAAAUCCUUCUCUGUUACCACCAUUGCUACAGCAGAUUGGACGGGAAAACCCUCAACUACUACAGCAAAUAAGUCAAUAUCAGGAGCAAUUUGUUCUUAUGUUGAAUGAGCCAUUUGUAGAGUCCUACCAAGGUUCAGGUGACACUGAUGAUGGUCCCAUCAUUGGAGCAGAAGGUGGAAGUGAUCAUACGAGCUACAUUCAAGUAACACCUCAGGAAAAAGAAGCUAUAGAAAGGUUAAAGGCAUUGGGAUUUCCUGAAGGACUUGUGAUACAGGCGUAUUUUGCUUGUGACAAGAAUGAAAACUUGGCUGCCAACUUUCUUCUACAACAGAAUUUUGAUGAAGAUUGAGAGACUCUUUUCGGUUUUGGGUUUUUUUGGUUUUGUUUUUUUUUCCCCCACACCUUGCACCAGUGCAUUACACUAACUUUGUUCACUGGGUUGUUUGGGAUAUUUGGGCUUAUAUUCAUAACACUUGGUGUAUGGUAUAUGGAGGGCGUGGGUGGAGAAGAGAAUGUAAGAAACAAAGCAAAGCAAUCCAGCAAGUAUGUCUGUUUAAAAUUAUCACACAGUGUAAAAUAAAACGCAACCAAAAAUCA